AUGGUGUACUACAUUCGCUUUCUGAAGACACCUCGAACACAGGCUGUCAAACCUGGUCUUGUGUCAGUCUCAGCUUUGAUCUCCGUCACUACUGAUCUUGGAGAUGCAUUUCUCGCAGAGGAUGUCGUAUUGCAAGCACAAUUGAUCGAUGCUGGCACCAUGGAGAGCGCGAACUCGGUUCUACAGGAAUUUUCUUACAAAUGGGAGGCGGGCAGACGAGAGCUAGCGAUUUCCAUCGGCCCAGUGCGACUCGCCUCAAAAGUUUCCAGAGUCAUUCUAGCAAUUGGAACGAAAAGCACCUCUACGGUGAAUUUAGAUACCGAUCUGUGCGAUCCAACACGAGUGCCGUUGGUGAUUUCCGGAUGGAGCGCGCCUUUUGGAGUCUCUCAGAAUACCCCGGCGGAAAAGCUGAUAGAAAGACGAUUUAUGCUGCAAAAUAAGAUCCAGCUUAGAAUAUGGGAGGAGACGGGCAACAAUAUUGCGCGACAUAUAUGGCAAAAUGCGAUCGGCAGUUCCGGUAAUUGCAGCAUGCGGCAACUUCGAUCGCAUCUGGAACGCAAGAGCAACAGUAACCAAUCUAUUCAGGCCAUUGAGCUGGGCUCUGGCUGCGGGAUUGUUGGCAUUGCUCUCGCGCAGAUGCUGCCCCGGUGCUCAAUCACGCUCACAGACCUCCCAGAAGUGCAGGAUAUAAUGGCUUGUAAUCUCCAGCUUACCCGGUCGGCGGCUGGAUCAACAUGUGAUUUCAAGCAACUUGACUGGGAAGACGAGCGCGAUGGGGAUAAUAUGCCGAGGCCACCAAUGGACUUGAUCCUGGUAUCCGACUGUACCUACAACGCCGACAGCCUUCCCUCGCUAGUACGAGUACUGACCCGGUUGGUGCAAGCAUCGCCUCAGGCUGUUGUUCUGGUCUCUCUCAAACAACGGCACGAAAGCGAGGCAGUGUUUUUCGAACUAAUGCGACGCGCUGGGUUUACUAUAAUGGAAGAGUCAGCCCACGCGCUUCCGGCGGCAUACUCAGAGCAGGAUUCGAUCGAGAUGUACGCCUUUGUACGGGCGUGA